GGUCCCAAGUUGAGUACAGCGGCCGUUCUGCAGCAGCGUGGAAACAGUGGAGGAGAGGAGGAGAAAGUGGCUCAUGUUAGAGUCCGCUGUGAGAGAGACGCUUCAGAGAGAGAAAAGAAAAAGAGAAAGAAAAAACCGUCUCUUUGAACAGAGCAGAUCAGACUUUUAAAGAGGAAAGAGGUGGGACUGGACCACGGCGGGAGACAGGAGUUCCCUCUUGACUGAUUUGGAUGUUAUCAGGGAGGAGGGGAGGUUUUCUCAUCUGAUCCCCUUUGGAAAUGAGUCAAACGGCGAGCGUGAGGGAAGGAGAGUGAAAGUGAUCCAAGAGGAAGAAUGGUAUCUGGAGGAAUCACGCUGCUUACAUCUGCUCUCUGAUUUUAUUCAUUUGUUUCAGGGGGUUGAGCCAUUACACCCGAGCUUUCAAAGCACAUCACCUUUCAGAUAAUCUCAUUUUUAUCCACCCGCCGCACCUCAGCUGCUGCUGCUCACACACACUCCUGCUUAUUCAGUCGAAACAUCAGCUGUAGAAACUUGUGUUCAGCUGAAGCCUACUAUGGAAUAAAUUUUAAAGCAGUUUUACAAAUAUUCCAUCUCUGAUAUAAUUUGAUAUAAGUGAGAGUUGAACAUGGCCAUCAACACGGACGCCGACUUCCAGAAGUCCAACUUGGGUGAGGGUGGAGGAGGCGCUCAGCCCGCGGACUCUCAGGAGACGGAGAAGCUGCUGGCGGUGACCACCGAGCCCGGAGGGAACGGGAUGAAGAUGUCCAGCUCCUUCACGGUCAACAUGGGCGGCGACAAGGGCCUGGAGGCCGACCAGAACGGCCACAGCGUCGCCUUAAGGUCGGGCUCCGUCGGGCAGCUGGCCGCCGCCGCCCCCCUCUCUCCGUCCAAGGCCAGCCUGAGCCGCUCCUCCACCGGGAACGCUACCGUCCAGGAGACCCCGAAGCCCAGGGAUUACCUCAUCCUGGUCAUCUUCUCCUGCUUCUGCCCCGUGUGGCCCGUCAGCAUCGUCGCACUGGUGUACUCCAUCAUGUCCAGAAACAGUCUCCAGGCGGGGGACAUGGACGGGGCCAGGAGGCUGGGUAGACUGGCUCGUCUGCUCAGUAUCGUCUCCAUCAUCCUGGGCGUGCUCAUCAUCGUAGUCUACGUCUCAGUUUCAGUAACCCAAAAACAAUGAGGACCUGAGGAGGAGGAAAAAAAAAACACCUGAAACCGUGAAAGCUGGACCACGGAUGCAACAAGAAAAAAACAGCCCAUUCCAAAAAAAAAAUAAAUAAAUACAAUUCCUAACUCUACACCAUGUUGUAACUACAUCAUGACCAUCCUGAGAAAGCAAAAAAAUAGGCAACUCAUGAGACUAGGUAUCGCAGCAAGUAAACAGUUUUAAAAAAUCAUUCAGAGAUGCAUGCAUUAGAAUCCAAUAACAUUUGCUUGACAAAAAUAACCAGAAACCUGAUAUAAAAUUGUUCAGGUUAAAACAGAGGAAAAAGAAAAUGCAGAUUUGUAUGUGGUCAGGAGAACUCCUAAUUGUCUCUUUUUGGAAUAAUGGACUUCUUGAAAUGAAGAGGAUGAUCGACACUUGUGGAGAGCAAACGAUAGACUUUUUCUAUGUCUGGGAUUGGGCUCCUUUAAAAAACGGACUCUGGGCGUGGAUUUCAAACUUUGGACAGCUGCAUAUAAUCCUCAUAUAUUCCUUACCGAACCUCUUGCAUUCAAAGCAUAUACAGCAACAGAUAUAUUUGAAAUAUGAAUAUAUGAAUAUAGAUAUAUAUAUAGAUGUACAUUUUAUAAAAAUGUUUGUAUGCCAAGUGGUGCUGGGUUUGUUAAGACUGACACAAUGGCUGCUUUGUCAGCACUUGGAUCAUCAGUGGAAAUUCAAGGGUUUGUGAAAAAGGGGCAGGGAACACAUUUUUUAAUUUUUAUUAUUUAUUAUAAUUUUUUGAACUAAAAAAAAAUUGAGACCAACUGCAUGCCUGAAUGUAGAUAACCAAACGUCUGCCUUCAUUUUGACUGUUAUUAGUUGUCUCUUUUGUUGUUUGUUGAGUCAGAGAGGCGAACAGGUUUGCACAUGGAAGAGUGAUUUGUGUUCGUCAUGUGAAUCCACCCACUGUAGAAUGUGUGAGGACUGUGAUCUAACCCUCUAACAGCCCCCUUUUAUGUCUCCCAAAAUCUCCUGAACCCUUGCCUUGCUCUGGCAGAGACAGAAACGCAUGCCAAACCUCCCACCAUCUUUGAUUUCCUUCUUUUUCCUUUCACAUCCUCUAAUUCUUAUACCACCAAACCAGACUAACUGGAUGCUAUCCUUCAAUUUUGUCUCUGUUCCUCCAUCUUGUACCCUUGAACUCCAUUUUACAUUUCGCCUUAUACUGUCUUUCUACUCCCUCAUUUUCCUUUACCAUUGCUACAUUGUGAUACAUUGACUGUUAAAUACCAUAGUUUCACUGAAUGUUUUUUCUGCUCCUUGUAUUGGUAUGAAAUGUAUUUAUAUGGGAAAAUAUAUAUGCAAUAUGUACGCAUGCUAUGGGCCAAACCGGCUAACACACUAUUUUUUUUUUUUUUUGUAAAUGAGCAGACCUGAGUUUGACUGAGGAACAAAUAGCAUUUAAAGAAUCUUUCUUUAAAAUCCAAGCACGACAGAUAGUCUGUAUUUGUCACUUUUGUCAGAGAGAAGUCACUGUAGUAAGUCCCUUGUGGAUACACAGGACUGUUGUAUUGACACAUUACAGGCUUAUGCUACAAGCACAGGUAACAUCACUGUACGAUCACGUAGCAUCACUUAAAGCCACAGCUUUUCUUUGGGCAUUAAUGCUUAUUUUAUAACUUGUGUAAUCAGGAAUCAUUUGGACAAAGUCCCUUUAAAGUGAUACAAAGUGAUGCCAUGUGUUGAGUUCCAGUUCCAGUCUUUGUUUAAGGGCUCAUACAAGUGAAACAAGAGAAACACCAGCUAAUUAUGACUGAUGAGAAAUUCAAUUUAUCAGACUAUGCAGCUUAAGUGAUUCUACCAAGUUUUAAACUGAACUUCAUCAACAACUGCGACCUGCAAAGUACUAACACUAAAUAGCACAAUGUUCUGUGCAAAAUGGGUUUAUAUCGAUUUCAUUCCAAUUCAUAGUUGUACAUAAAUAAACUCACAUACUUUAUCCGAACAUUUGAAAGCAGCAAAAUCCAAAGAAUCCUCAUGUUUACUACCAAACAAAAGAAAAAAAAUAUUACAUUACAUUGCUGCCAUUUCUGUAGAUCACGCCAAGUGUAGGUAACUGCCCUAGAGUUAUUGUCGAACAUCCAAAUUUUCCAUCUCUGAAACUGGUGGUCAGUCAACUGUCUAGCCUAUAAGCACUGCUCUGUCAGUAAAACAGUUCAAACCCUCAUUUCAUAUCUAUAUAUUACUGUGUUUCUUUUGCAGUAUAUUGUAUGUGCCAGUUUUCAUCUCUGUGGUGUACAUUUUGCAUGACUGGAAUAAAUGUUACCAUGCAUGGUCCAA